GUCAACUAGCAAGCAACACCAAAACAAAACCAACAAAAUGAUGAAGAUUAUUGUAAUCAUCUCCGCCCUGGUCGCCAUCGCUGUGGCUAAGCCGGAAUUGUUGGCAGCACCAGUGGUGGCAGCCGCCCCCGCGCCGCUGGUGGUGGCCCCCGUGGUCACGGCCUCCAGCUCGCAGUACUACCACCGUUUCAACAACGGUCUUGCCGCGUACGUGGCCGCGCCUGCUUCAUAUGUCGCAUCCGCGCCCUACGUGGCGGCCACAGCUCCGUACGUCGCGGCGCCCUACGUUGCUGCCGCGUACCCUUACUCCGCUCCCGUUGUCACUGUUUAAAUUGAACUUAGCUAUGACUCGUUUGUGAUAUUUGAAAUAAAUUUUGCUUACCCC